CUCGUGCUAUGAUUGGAUGAUCUGUCUGUCUGGUUGUGAAAAGGAUACAUUUGCGAGAGUAGCUGUAGGGCGCCGUCCUGCAUGUCGGAAUACUAAUUUGCGGUACAGCUAAACGAUUCUGAACAAACUAUCAUCCCAUCCAAGAGAUCAAAGAAAGAAGGACAGACAAGGAGAGAACGAGAAAGCAAGGGAUGUUGACUUAUCCCUCUGACUCGCUCCCUCAGAUAGUUUGUCCAAUGGAUGAAGAUGCUAUUCCCGCAAACAGUUUCUGUAGUGCACCUCCCCACCGUGAACCUCCACCACCUUUCCUCCCCCUUUCCUCCGUCACUCCCAGCUGUGCCAAUGAUGCAAUAUCUGGACACAGAGAGAGUGGCCACUUUCAAGAGAUCAGAGCACAAACUCCUAAAAAGCAGAGGAAUACAGACAAUGGAGCGGCUCACAAACCAGCCACACAAAAUCUGUCCCCCACAAAGAGACAAAGGGAGAGUGCAAACAUGGUACAAGUGUCACAGGCCAAGCUGUCAAGAGUUGAAGGUACACAUGUACAUGAGAAACAAAAGGAUGGAUUUGAUAUUAGUUUUGCAGCGGAGCACCAAUAUAAUGAAAAGGACCAGAAAAGCCCACAGAAGCAACCAAAUGGCUCUGCUGCAGAAAAUGUAGUUGAGCAGUUUGCGGAUGAUACCACACAGAAUCUUGACACCACUAAAUCUGACAUGGAUAAAUGCGGCGGAUUUUCUGUUGGACACAAUCCAACUCCAACAAAGGGAUGGGUGAUCGGCCCCUUGUUUCAGUCAUUCAAGUCGAAGAUGGCCAGUUUCACAGAGAUAGUCAUGACUCCUGUUAAACUCUUCAUAGCUAAUAGUCCACCACCAUCCUUGGACCAUCCAGAAAGCCUGGAUGAGUGUGAGCUACAGGCCGAUGGAACAUUUGAUGUGGAACAUUCAGAGCCAAGUGAUGUGUUUCAUUCAGAAGCACAAAGUGAGAAUGAGGCUGAAACUAAUCAGCAGAGGCUCAGUAAAAUUAAAGGUGCAAGAAAUGCAAAAACUGUUGCUCUUAAAUAUUCAAAAAAAAUAUCCUUUGAGGUGGAGUUGCCAACACACAGCUCUGAACAUGCAGGGGAGUGUGAAAUAACUCCGAAGGAAAAAAACUCACCUGAUUCUGUGCAUUCGCAACACAGUCCCUUACCCUGCAUUGAUUCUGGGGAAGUUUCAGAGUCUGUUGGGUCCGUUACUAGGUCCUCCAUGCUGUUACAGCCCUCUGUCAAUGUAAGUGCCUCACAUGAAUCCAAGUUAAAGAUGUCAUGUGCUAAGGAGGAUGAGAACUGCAAACUGAUUGUCCGGCUGAAACCACUGCCUAGGAAAUGUACAGAAACCAGAUCUAGAGUAAGGAGAAUUACCUCUAAGACUUUAAUAUCCGAAGUCAAAAAGGAAGAGUCUCAGGCUAAUGAUGGGCAGGUUUCUCACAUGACUCUAGACAAAUCAAACAAAGCUGACUCAAGUGAUAAUGACAAAAUGCUGUCAUUAUCCCCCUUGGUCUGUCAGCCUGACUCUGAUGGUCCUCAGCCGGUUGGUGAAGGUGAUUGCAGGAAAAUGGAAAGUCUGGUUUGCCAUAGCCACCAGAAAAACUUAAAUGACAUUGGUAUUAGAAGAACACUUGAGCCUACUUUAGACGCUCGGCAGGUGGAGUGUCUGCUAAAUCCUUCAGCUGCCGGUCUUGGGAAAGGAAAGAGGGGCCUGAAACUUGACUGCCAUUCCCAAAACUUUGUGAAGAGGAAGAGAUUGACAGCAGAUAAAUGUACAAAGAAUACAAAAACGCAAGAGUUAUUAGAUGUGGCUUCAGAAAGUGGCCUAUUGAGAACACCAAGAAAGAAGGUUGUGUCGACAAAUACCAUUGGAGAUAAGGAAGAAACGCUGAAGCCUGCUCAAAAAAGACAGGCUGUUUCAACAAGAGCAAAUAGGAAAGGAAAAGGUGGAAAAGAUAUGCUUGCUGCGAUGAAUGAAACCGUGUUAAACACACCAACCGAAAGUUCCACUGUUGUGAUGUUGGUUUGCUCACUGGAUAAAAGCAGCGGUGUGUCAGAGAACAACCGAAAGGGCAGCAGCAAGGUGAAGCAGCUCAGUGGUUCUUGCAAAAGAAGGAAGACCAGAACCGGUCUUGGUAAACCUGAUGUACACAUUGAUGGAUCAAACAGUGGGGAUCUGGCAACCACCGUGGCAACAAAACAAGCUGUCCAGGAACCGUUAUCAGAAGUCCUUGUCCGUCCUGGCAUAAAGAAGCUCCAGAGCACAAGCGAGUACAGGAAUGUCAACACAAAACCACAAAAACGGAAAUCGCCAAACCAAGCGAGUUCAGCUACAAUAUCGAACAGCACUUUGGUAGCUACCUCAUCAGCACUAUUAAUGGAGCCUUUUGAACUCACGCUCACAGAUUUUAAUACUUCCCAGCAAAUUCAAAAAGAGGAUAGCUCUAAAAAGGAACUAAAUCAGCCGUCCAAGAGACCCAAAAAGGGUAUCGGAAGUGCUGUUAAAUCAUCUGCGUCAGCUGGGAGUCAAGAAACAAAGCAAUUUUCCCAUAACCUUCAUUCGAUAACCAAAGAAAAGCAGCCUAAAGUAGGCAAAGGUACAAUCUUAAUGGACCCUGUGUAUUUUGAAAUGACACCUUUUGAAAGUAACCAGCAACCUGUUCCUUCACCCUCCCAACCUAAUGUAGCCUGUUUUCUACUAUUGGAUAAAGAUGUUGAGCAUGUCAUUGAUGGGAAAGAAAAAAGUUCUGCUUAUGGGGCUGAUGAGGUAUUUUCCACUGACGCUCAAGCCAGUACCCACAGCAGCAAUGGUGUAUCUCAACUAAGGUCUAGCGCAAGAAAGGUUAACAUUAAGCCAAGGAGAUCAGAUAACCAAAGGAGAAAAUGCAGGAUUUUGCAUGGUAGGACACACAAAGGUGGAGAGGUGACAAACUCCAGCAUUAUGGACGAUGCAGCCCUGGCUGCAGCAAGUUCACGCUCAGCAGGAAAUGGCUUGUCGAGACGCCUGUUGCGCAGCUACUCUUGCCCAGAGAUCCCCUGCUUUCGUCCCCAUGACACACUUUGGAUUUCUUCUUUGCAUUCACCCCAUCACAGCAGUAUUAACACAUCACAUCAGCACCAGUUUUCCCACACUCCCCCUGUCCAUCAUGCCCACAAAUCUGUGCUGCGGGCUCGUCGACACACGGUCUGUAGUGUAGAAGUGGAGAGGGAGAUCGCCCCUCUCUGCCUUCGUAAGGAGGUGUAUCCAUCCAGAAGAUCGCUCCCGUAUGACCGAGCCACCCAACACCUGUCUCGGAGUUUUGCACUUUCUCCCAGCGCUUCCCUCUCAGCUCUCGCAUCUUGUUUCCUCUCAAGCCCCCUGGCUUUCCUUUCUAAGAAAGUUGACAGCAGAGGAGCUGCUGCCAGCCCCAGCACUUCCACUCAUGGUUCUUCUCCCACCUCGUCUUCUUCCAAAUACCCCCGAAUAUUCCUCCAAAGAACUGACUCCUCUAAUGCUGCUUUGGACUAUAGCAUUAGUGGGAGUUCCUUGCAGUGUGAGAUUGAGAGAAGGCAACAGAGUGAAGAGGAGGAUGAUGGCGAGGACACAAGCUCUUCCAGCCAGGAGUUUGAAGAUGUAGGGUUGAGAGAAGAAAAGGCUUUGUCUGAUUCGGAAAUCAAGGUCGUGCAAAAGCAUGAAGAACGAGGGAAGGUGUCGUCUAUUAGAAUUCGGAAAACUUUACCCAAACCUCAGAACAACCUGACACCCAUGGGCCUGCCCAAACCCAUCAGGCUGAAAAAGAAGGAGUUUAGUUUGGAAGAAAUUUACACCAAUAAGAAUUUCAGCAAACCCCCUGAAAGCCGGCUGGAGACCAUCUUCGAGGUGCCUCUCAAUCGCCGGAAUGGCUCGGAGUCCUGUUUUGGCCAGAGGCGUUUCAAGCGAUUUUUGGAGUUCCUGGAUGCUGGCGAGGCCAGAAGACCAAAGAGGCCUCUUGUCGGUGUUGGAAAGGCAGGUAUUUCAUCUUCCAGGACGAGACGAGGUGGCUUCCCUAAAGACGAGCCGUCCCUCAGCGUGCAGGAUGUGGACUCACUUCUCUGUGCCAAGCUCGAUCAGCUGAAUUUGUGGUUGAUACACGAUCAGAAAGACAGUUGACACAUGCCUCAAGGAGAUUGUUUGUUUGGCAGCCAUUAAAAAAAAAAAAAACACACCGCACGAGAUCAUUUCUAUGUAAGGAAUUUCCACUAUAUAAUAAUGAAGAUUCACAUGUGAGUUUUCCAGCUCUUAUUGUGUUCGCACAAUCUGUGUAUGAUUGUUGUGGUUAUUAUUGAAGAAUUACAAUCUGUAGAAUUUGUAGUCUGGUGCUAUGAAGAACAAUACAUCCUAGCACCAGAAGUGUAUUGGUUCAUAGACGUUGGCCAUAAACAUAGUGGUUACUGUAAAUGCAUUCUACACAGUAAAUCGCUUUUUAUGUCAUUACUGCACUCAAACAGCUGCCGUCCAUUCCCCCCCCCCCCCCCCCCCCCCCCCCCCGUCGCUUUCCAUCUGCGAUAAGUAAAACUGUCUUGACAGCCUUGAUUUACACACUUGUACAGUAUCAUAACAUUUUCAGUUAAUCUCGGUCUUACCCAGAGAGUUACAAAUGUGCACAACCUCCUUGGGUGAGUGGUGAUGCCAUUUUGUUACGGUGACUUUUGUGCACUCACUAUUGAAAGAUAGCAUUUUAUUACGUGAAUAAUAUGAAUAGUCAUGACCUUGCAGCAGUGAGUCAAUCCAUAAAAGUAGCUAUUUUUUUUUCUUAAAUGCUGUAAUAUAAUCUAAACAUGCCUGCAAGAGAUUUGUAUUCGCUGCAACCAAUUUUACAACCAAGUUUCUGUCCAUGAAUGAAUAUGUACAGUCUGUUAAAGUGUGUCUGCAAGCAGCACACGUUAAUCAUUUUACUCAACUCAGUACUCUAUUCAGUUAUUUGUGUUUAUAAAGUUAUGGUGUAAAGAAGUUUUUGUUGUAUAAAAUAUAAGUUGGAAACAAUACGGCACCCCAAAGAGCAUGUUUAAUCAAGAGUGGAGGUGUCCAGAUACCACUGGUGGUUGGCUUUUAAUUACCACUACUUCUCUCUGAAUUGUUUUGUGAUAUCUAUAUUUGUAUUGCAACUGUAACUUCUUGGUGAACUGCCUAAUGGAUGUAUUUUUCAUUUUGGCCUUUAACGAGGUUGCCUUAACUUUAAGACUUUCUAUUUAAGUAGGUGUUUUUUUUUUAGGCGUAUUUGUAAUUGUGGCCGUUUUCACGAGGGCGUGUCAAGAUCAUUCAAACAACUCAGAGCACAAACUUUUUGUCAUUUUAUUAUGAAAUGGCAUCAUUUUUCUAUGAUUGUAUAAAAGUACGACAUAUUGAUACGUUUGACGUUAGUAAAGCUAAUACGGUAACAAUGCAAUAGUGCUAAAAUACGUAGGCAACACAAACAGGAUCUAGUUCUGA